AUGCAAGAUAUGCAACAACAACAACAACAACAAACACCAUCACCAUCACAGCAACAGCAACAUCAUCAUCCACCAGGAUCACGUGGGUACCAAAAACAACCCAAACAUCUGCCCAUUUUAACUAUCAAGAAUUUAUUUGAUAUACAGUCAGAAUCGCCAUCAGCAUCAGCUUCGACUUCAGCUUCAGCUUCAUCACUGUUGCACUCUGGUCACUCAUUGCAUUCAACAUCAACACCGUUUAAUCGAAGCAAUACUAGUUCUAUAUCUACUUCUGAUAAUAGCCACCUCAGCCAAAGCCACCACCAUUACAAGGGGACAAAGAAAUUAGAUCAUGGAUUAGCAGUGGCAAAUGAUACUCGUGGUGAUUGGGCAGCUAUGCGUGAAAAUUCCCAUGCUAAUGGGAAAGUCGUCUUGGAAGUGUAUGAGCAGAAGAGGAAGCUAUAUAAUUCUCCACGCGAGUCCUUGUCGCCUCCCUUAUCAAUGAUUAAUUUCAACUUUGAAUUUGAUAAUAAUUGGAGCUUGGAUGACUUGCCACCUAUGGACGAUGGCAAAUUUGGUGAAAGAGUGCGACUUGAAGCUGAAGCUUCUGGUAAUUUUAAAUCGCAAGAUUUGCUGCUGUUGCCACUGCAAGGUGAUAUUCAACUAAGUGGGCAAUCCACUACCGGGGACGAUGACGAAAACGACAUUAUGGGUCAAAGCUUGGAGUUGAAUUCUAUUAUUGAGAGUAUGAAUGAGUUGACGUUGUUGGACAAGUUUAAGGGUAUGUUUAAGAGAAAUUCAACCAAUAUGCUUAAGCGGUUGAAUGGUUCAAGUUUUGAUUUACUUUUAUUCAAGAAUGGAGAGCUUGGUAUGAUGGAUGAUGAUGAAUUAUCUACCCGUAUUGGAUCGACUUCGUCAUUAUCAAAUUUGCCAUUGCCAAGCAAGAUCAAAUUUCACAAACAAGCAGAUGCAGAUGCCAAUGAGACUGGUGAUGGUCAUUUUCUGACUAUUCCAUCAACAUUAACUUCAACUCCAACGCCAAUAACGCCAAAUAAUUAUCAUCCCGCUUCAAAUUCAACACAACACUACCACUACCACCACCGUCAUCAUCAUAAAUGUAAUAGAGGCAAACCAACAUCCUCAUCCUCACUGCCUAAACGGAAGAAAUCUUUUUUGCAUUUACGUUCAGCAUCAUUACCAUUUAACAUAUUUGAUUUUAAACUGAACUAUUACACUCCCUCAACAACCACCAAUGGCAAGCCUAGUUGUUGUCAAUUUCUUGACCCUCCAAAACUGAUUUUGAAAUGUAAAGUGAAUCAAAACUAUAAUCAAGAGUCAAUAGAAUCAAUCAAACAAGAUCUGGUUCAGUUUGAUGAGUUUUGGCGUAAGUUUGAAUUGAUGGAACAGUCAAAGAAUAAUUAUAGUAAUGAUGAAUUGUUGAAUUCUAUGCGGUUGGAACAGGUGAGAAAUUAUUACUAUGGUAAUUGA